AUGAACAUCGUGCCACCAUCAAACCACAAAUCUACAGUUUCCACUGCACAAGACCCGUUCGCCGCUUCGAAUGCUGUGAAAGCGUUGCCAGACACAUUUCGCCAACAAGAAGGUGGUGCUGUGCCAAUAUCCACACAGUUGAACGACAGACAUCCGCUAGAGUCACGUAUACUGAAUUGGGAGUCUACCGAGAGAAAGAGACAGCUCGAACAGUACAGACAGAUAUUCGGCAUUGCCGAGCCCAUGAGAAGAGUCAUGGAACUCGAGAUGGUCGAUCGCACGGAUUUCAACCCUCUAAACACUUCUUCCCUGCACCACGACAUACUGCUCAACAAGGACUGCUCCAUAGACUGGGAGGACAUCUAUCCGUCGAACGGCCUCGACACACACUCAGGAAACCUCCUCGGAGAUACGGUCCACUCCCAUAUCGAACGCAGUGCGGGCAUAUAA